AUGCCUGCUGAUACACAGAAACAACCAGCUCAACCUCGCGAUGCAAGAUUGAUUUCACUCAUCUUACAGUCAUUAGGCGUUGAAGACUAUGAUCCUAAAGUAGUUCACCAAUUACUUGAAUUUGCACAUCGAUAUACAACAGACGUAUUACAGGAUGCUCUAGUAUAUGCAGAGCAUGCUAAUAAAAUGGAUAUUGAACUGGAAGAUAUUCAACUUGCUAUACAAGGACGAGUCAACCACUCGUUUACGACACCACCACCCAAAGAGUUCUUGCUCGAACUUGCACAAGAAAAGAACAAAGCGCCUCUACCGCUUAUUCCCGAGAAAUAUGGUAUUCGAUUACCAGCAGAGAAACAUUGUCUAACUGGCAUCAAUUUCUCAAUUGUGCCUGAUGUAAGUUUAACUGUUGAUAGAAAUGGUUAA